AUGCCCGCCAGCAGCCCCAAGAGUCAGAGGUCGGCGCCUCGGUCGCCGACUAGCUCAAAAAGUGUUCCCCAUGCCACGCAAACAAUUGAGGUCGACACUGUAGUUGAAGAGGAUGAGGAGGACGAGAUUGAUCCAGGUCUUGGAGCCGAUGCCGAAAGCUCCACGGCUUCUAUCACCUCGAGCAUUCUCCACUAUCGCACCAUCAACGGCAGAACCUACCACAGCGAGAGAGGAAAUGCGGCUUACUGGGGCUCAAACGAUGAACGCCAGAGCGAGGCCAUGGACAUUGCACAUCACAUGCUCACCCUUGCGCAAGAGGGCGAGUUGCAUUUAGCACCGCUAGACAAGGACAUUCAGAAAGUCCUGGAUAUUGGCUGCGGAACAGGAAUUUGGGCCAUCGACUUUGCCGAUAAAUUCCCUGGCUGCGAGGUCAUCGGAACCGAUAUCUCGCCUAUCCAGCCUUCUUGGGUGCCACCGAACUUGAAGUUCGAAAUCGAGGACUGCAACCAAGACUGGACUUUUGCUCCCGAGAGCUUCGACUAUGUUCACAUACGAUAUCUAGUUGGGUGUAUUCCUGACUGGAACCAAUUGCUCGAACAAGCCUACAAGGUCCUCAAGCCUGGUGGCUGGGUCGAGACCUAUGAAGCCUCGCCUACUAUUGAAAGCGACGAUGACAGCGUGAAGCUGGACUCUGCUAUGGGUCAAUGGGGACCUACCUUCAUCAAGGCAUCCAAGGUGAUUGGUAACACUUUUACUGUUAUCGCCGACGACCUUCAGAAAAAGGCUGUUGAGAAUGCUGGUUUUACUGAAAUCAACCAAUGGAACUCCAAGCUUCCCCUGAACCCCUUCCCCAAAGACCCUCAUCUGAAAGAGAUUGGUCAAUUUGGAGAGCUCUUUAGCACACAGGACACCGAAGGACUUGUCAAUUUCGUGGCCAACACUUUGGGUUGGUCUCCUCAAGAAGUACACGUCUACAUUGCUCAGUUCCGAAAGGAGAUUCGGGACAGAAAGAACCAUCACCCUUGGAUCAAGUUGAAGACCGUUUGGGCACGAAAGCCAACGUCGGGUUAA